UUUUUAUUUAAAAUAUUGAGCAUAAAUAUUUAAUAGUUAGUUUGAAACUGUUAAUUUCCCAUAAUAUCAUAUAACUAAUGAAAAUAAAAAUAAUUUUAUCUCCCCUCUAUAAUACAAUCAAAACUUGAGUUAAUGCCAAUCUACUAGUCUCUGUUAAAACAAUAGUAUAAAGUUGAAUAAACUAAGAUUUCAUUUUCUAUUGAUUAAAAUUGUACUCCUAUAUUCUUUAGAGAUUAAUAAAUACCUAAGGAAUGGAAACAAACAAAUUGUUAUGUAAUAAAAUUUCUGAAUCAGAUAACUGGUCAGUUCAUGCCUUAAUACAAGUUAAACAAAAAUCAGAUAUUACAAAACCAUAUCAAGAAACAUAUAAUGGAUUUCAAAGUGGAAACAUAAAAUUUACAACUGAAUCUAGUCAAAAUUUAAAAGUCAAAAAUACUCUACAGAAUUCAGAUAAAAUAAACAAUAUAGUACCUCAAUGUGAAGUCUGCUGUGGUAUAAGAAGUCCAAUGUCAAUUAGAAGGGCACAAAAUUACACAGCACACUUCUGUACCAAUAUUUCAACUAAGAAACAUCCAACAACAGUAAACGUUUCAAGUCAAACAUCACCUUCUCCUUCAUUAGUUUUUAAUAAGAGUGAUAUGAACAAACAUUUUAAGAACAAAACAUUCAAAUUGCACAAUUCCAAACAAAAAGAUGAAAAAACUAUACAUAAUAAUGCUUGUUGUUUAAAAUCUUCAGACUCAGAUGAAACUAUAGGAUAUGAUUCAUCAGACACACUGCAUAAACUUUCAGAAGUAAGUUGUAAGAAAAUACCAAAAAAGUCUAAUGUAACUCAAAGUUAUUUAAAUAUUGCCCAGAAAAACCAAUUACAAAAAAGUCCAUGUUCAUCAACAUUAAGUUCAAUGAACACAAUAUCUAAUCCUUCAUCUAGUUGUGUAUCAACAUUGAUGAGUACUAAUUCAAUUUAUAAUAGUAGUUCAUCAAAUUCACAACCUGACACUAAAUAUACAUAUAGUUAUAAUAAUAUAAGUAGCUCAGAUGAUGAAUGUUCAGAAACAGCUUGGAGUUUCAAUAGAUCAUUAUCUCAAAGAGAAGAAAUUCUAUUUAGACGACCAGGGUCCAAACAAGCAAAUACUAUCCAAGACACGGGAAGUUUAAGUGAUUGUUCAUUAUCCCCUAAUUAUCAAAAGCAAAAUUACUUAAAUAAUUAUACUCAAGUGGCGAAAAUGGCAGUAAAGUUUGGUACAACAAAUUUUCCAAAAAAUCAAGAUCAUCAUAUAGGACCCUCGAAAAAUCCUGAUUGUACAUGUUUAAAUUGUCGUAGUCAUUUUAAUUCUAGUUAUUAUCCAUAUUCUAAAGAAACCACUAAUCAGUCAGAAUUAUUCAAAUUAUUCAAAAAAAAUCUGUAGAAUGUUUUUUAGUUUUUAAAUAUAUAAUUAAAAUUCUGUAUACUAAUUGUGAUUAAACUAGGUAUUAUUCUCAAAAAUAAAAUAUAAUAUAAUUUUAGUUUCUGUGCAUGAACGUACAACAUGUUUCCAGAUGAAUUUAUACAAUAUUGUUGAAAUAAAAUUCAACCAAAGUUGAAAGUGCUUAUACUUCAUCAUUUAACUAUUUUAACUCAGCUUAGUAUUAAGUGAUAGUAAUGUUUAAUUUAUACUUAUAUAAUUUAUAUUUGUAAUUUUUGAGUAAAACAAAUUAUAAAAGUAUGUAUCCUAAGUAAGUUCAUUUAUAUAAUUUAUUAAAAAAGAUAAUAUAAAUUAAUUUUUUAGCCACCUAAAUAAAAAAAAAACCCACACAUUGGGGACGUGGCAUAGUUGGGUCAAGUAAUAAUGAUAUCUGACAGUGGUUAAAAUCACUAUCAUAAAAAACUGUAGACAGUGUUUGCUUUUAAAAAAUUGGUGGAUUAUUCCAAAAGCUACAUGAUCUUCUAUUUCCUUAUUUAUAUCCUGAUUAUAAG